CUUGUUCUUCUCGUUGUUAUCAAAUGUUUCCAGUUUCAUCUGAAAUGUCUCUCUAACAAUUACAGUUAUUCUUUUUAAUCUCCAUACAUAUACACAUAUACACACAAUAUAUACAUAUACAUAUAUAAUAUAUACAUACAAUAUGAUCAACGAAACCGCAGUCGAAUUUUUACUGCCUUCAUUGUGGGAGGUUGAAGUAACCGUUGCCGCAUCUUUAUUCGUUAUAAUCGCCUAUCUGUUUUUCACAUACAACGGCGAAUUUACUGCGUGUAAUCGAUCUAUCUCCUCUACUGCUUCUUCUGAUUCCCUUGAUGACAGGGAUAAGAUAGAUCAACUGAAGGGUGAUUCUAAUGGCAGUUCUGCUUAUAUUGUAAAGGUGGAACUGCUGGCAGCGAAGAAUCUUAUUGGUGCCAACUUAAAUGGCAUGUCAGAUCCUUAUGCAAUCAUCACUUGUGGUACAGAAAAGCGGUUUAGCUCAAUGGUUCCAGGUUCGAGAAACCCAAUGUGGGGAGAGGAAUUCAACUUUUCUGUGGAUGAACUUCCUGUAAAGAUUAAUGUGUCAAUAUAUGAUUGGGAUAUAAUUUGGAAAAGCGCAGUUCUUGGAUCGGUGACCAUUCCUGUCGACAGUGAAGGGCAAACUGGUGCAGUAUGGCAUCCCUUGAGUAGUUCUCCAGGGCAGGUUUGUCUUCAUAUCAGAACAAUUAAACUCUCCACAAACUCCUCCAGAGAUUUAAAGGGCUAUGCCGGUGCUAAUCCUCGAAGACGGAUAUCAGUAAAUAAACAAGGGCCAAUAGUGGUACAUCAGAAACCCGGACCUUUGCAGACGAUAUUUGAUCUUCUACCAGAUGAGAUAGUUGAACACAGCUAUUCAUGUGCAAUGGAGAGGUCAUUCUUGUAUCAUGGACGUAUGUAUGUAUCGGCAUGGCAUAUUUGCUUCCAUUCUAAUAUAUUUUCCAAACAAAUGAAGGUGAUUAUUCCUUUUGGAGAUAUUGAUGAGAUACGAAGGAGCCAACAUGCUGUAAUCAAUCCAGCUAUAACAAUAGUUCUUCGCAUGGGUGCUGGCGGGCAUGGUGUUCCUCCUUUGCGAAGUCCUGAUGGUAGAGUUAGAUAUAUGUUUGCAUCAUUUUGGAACAGAAAUCAUACAAUAAAAACUCUACAACGUUUAGCAAAGAACUACCAUUCAAUGGUUGAAGCUGAAAAGAAGGAACAACAACAAUCAGAAUUGCGGGCAAGUAGUAGCUCCCUAAAAAGUAGAAAACCAGUUGCGGUUUUAGAAGAAAAUGUGGUGAAAAAACAACAGCCAUUUAUUCAAGAAAAUGUUCUCACUGGCAUAUACAAUGAUGUGUUUCCAAGUACUGCUGAACAAUUUUUUGAAAUGCUGUUGAGUGAUAGCUCAAGUUUCACAAGUAAUUACCGUUCAUCUCGUAAGGACACCAAUCUUAAUAUGGGGCAGUGGCAUUCCGCUGAUGAGUAUGAAGGUCAAGUUAGAGAAAUUACAUUUAGAGGCCUUUGUAAUAGUCCUAUGUGUCCUCCAGACACAGCAAUGACAGAGUGGCAGCAUGCUCUUCUGUCCACUGACAAAAGAUCUCUGGUAUUUGAGACUGUACAACAGGCCCAUGAUGUUCCAUUUGGAUCUUAUUUUGAGGUGCAUUGUAGAUGGGUUGUGGUGACUACAUCCGAAUCCACAUCCACUAUUGAUGUUAAAGUGGGUGUCCAUUUUAAGAAAUGGUGUGUAAUGCAAUCUAAAAUAAAGUCCGGUGCUAUAAAUGAGUAUAAGAGAGAAGUUGAACUAAUGAUAGAAGUGGCUCGUUCGUGUAUCAACUCAAAUCCAGUUGAUGACGAGACAGCUAGUGUUGCUCCUUCUGUAUUGACCACAGAAUCCAAGGAAUAGCUUUAUCAUACACUAAAGGUCCACCUACUUUCUUUUGGACCAUUUAUUCUGGUGUUUAGAAAUGAGUCCAUUUCUAUCUUGGCAGUACCUAAAAAUGUUGUAUGUAAUGGGUUUUGUAAUCCUUGUGCAAUCGAUAAUUUAUAUGAAAUGGCUUUGUUUCUUGUUA